UCUGAUUGGUCAAUUUGUGUGUCACUUGUUUUUGCUUCAGGUCACAUGGUCACUGAAAGAUGGCCGCCACGGUGGAGCAUGUAAUGGUUUCAAGCACUGCAGAAAACAGCAUGUCUAUGAAGAAAGCGCUGUCUGCGGCUUCUCCCCUCACUCUGAGAAUUAUUGCGGAAUGUCCGGUGACCAAAGCGAGGGCUUGUGAUCUGACUCUGCCGCACUGCAACGUCACUACUCCGGUUUUCAUGCCAGUCGGAACACAGGGGACCCUGAAGGGGAUCACUGUGGACCAGCUGGAGAGCCUUGGAUGUCAGAUUUGUCUGGGAAACACAUACCACCUUGGUAUGCGACCUGGGCCUGAUUUGAUUGAAAAAGCCAAGGGUUUGCAUGGUUUUAUGAACUGGAAGAGGAAUCUUUUAACUGAUAGUGGAGGGUUUCAGAUGGUAUCUCUUGUUGAGCUCUCUGAAGUCACUGAGGAAGGGGUCAACUUCAAGUCACCUUAUGAUGGCAAAGAGAUUUUACUAAGUCCUGAGAAAUCCAUCGGCAUACAGAACAGUCUCGGCUCGGAUAUCAUGAUGCAGCUGGAUGAUGUGGUUAGCAGUACUGUGAAGGGACCGCGGGUGGAAGAGGCCAUGCACAGAUCCAUACGCUGGCUGGAUCGCUGCAUCGCAGCCAAUAAAAACCCAGACAAACAGAACCUUUUUGCAAUCAUUCAGGGCGGACUGGAUGCGGAGCUGCGUAAAGCCUGUUUAAAAGAAAUGACUCUUCGUGACGUUCCUGGUUUUGCUAUUGGCGGUUUAAGCGGAGGAGAGGAGAAGAACGACUUCUGGCGGAUGGUUACUCUCAGCACUGACCACCUCCCACGAGAGAAGCCUCGCUACCUCAUGGGCGUUGGGUAUGCUGUAGAUUUGGUUGUAUGCGUGGCUUUGGGAUGUGAUAUGUUUGACUGCGUAUUUCCAACUCGCACUGCAAGGUUUGGUUCUGCCUUAGUGCCCUGGGGAUCUCUGCAAGUGAAACAAAAGCAGUAUGCUAAAGACUUCCUGCCUAUAGACCCAGACUGCAACUGUCCAACAUGCAAGAGGCAUAGCCGGGCUUACCUGCAUGCUUUAUUUAAGAGUGACACUGCAGCCAUGCAUCACGUGACCAUCCACAACAUUGCCUACCAGCUCUCCCUGAUGCGCUCCGUGAGACAGAGUAUUAUCGAAGGCCGCUUUCCUGAGUUCAUACGGACAUUUAUGAAGAGGAUGUUUCCUUCUCGGGACGAUUACCCCGGCUGGGCCGUGGACGCUUUGGCUUCUGUCAACGUCACUUUGGACUAGAACUUCAAAAGCAGCUGUUUGCUAUCCCCAUGGGGGAAAAAAAAAAAAACUUUCAUGAAAAGACUAUCUUUUAAUGGAGCUUUUUGCCCUAUUUUGUACAAGAAUUAUUUUUUUGUACUUUUUUGUAAAAUCUUGCUUCUCUCAGCCUCUGCAAACUGUUCACAUUUUUGGUAAUGUAGGUUUAAAUGAGAUUUGAAAUACAUGAAGCAUGUCCUCCGAUAUGCUUUGACACUU